GACGUCUGAUUCGGUCUACGUUUGAAGCUUGCCGAACAACACACAUUCUCACGAACGAAAAGCUCACAGUCAGUCUCUCCUGCAGCCAUUGCUUACUACUUGGGAUACUACAACGUUCACAAUGUCAACGAGCAAAAAGCCCAAGUUGAGCGACGAGUUUGAAGCCGUCAAACAGUAUCUCCUGGCUUGUACGGUAGUUCCCAAGGAACACCCCGCCAUUCAAGCAGCCCUGCAUGGCAUGGAUCAAGAGAUCAAACGCCAAGAACGUGACUGGAAGCUUCGUCAAAAGUUUACGAGAGAACGGGAAGAACCCGUUACUAUAGAAAAGAUAAAUCUACCCCCCGUAGACGCCGCCGCACCCAACUUAAGUUCAUCUGCCGCUACGACUAAAGCUUCUGGCGGAAGAGUCAAACGCGGCAGUCCCACAAUGAUAGGUGCUUUGCCGGAUGACUGGCAUGAUGUGUCGGAAGAUCAACACGACUCGCCUUUGAAAGACUAUACUUCCAACGAAGAGACGGACGUAACAGGUUUGAGCUUUUUGGGGAAGCAACUCGCCAAAGAUGCGGUGUCCCUGAUGGCACUGCAUCAGACGAAGACUAGGUCUCCUGUUGCCGCUAUUGCGUUGGGCUUACACGCCGCAAUGCUGAGCGAUCCUUUGGUAUUUGUAUGCACGGGGGUUCCUGAACUUUCUCCACCGACCGUUUUUAGUAAGGGUUUUGCGGCUCCGAUUAGAGAACUUUCGCAGGAUCAGUUCCUUCCCACGGACUGGGAUAAAUCGGAAAAACUGGUUUUGCUUCGUUACCGCAAGCAAAGUACAGGGUCACUGAUCCUUCGUGUGGAAAAGCUGAGCAGUGAAGGGUCCUUGAAAGAUGUCACGAUUGAAAUAUCCUUGUAUCCUACGAGUACUCCCGAGCCACCGAGCAGUUCCUUGAUAUUUUCCUUGGCGGAUCAUUUGAAUAUAGAUUCAUGGUCGCGAGCCUUGCGACAAGAAUCGUCCGUGGCUCCGGCACUGCACUACAAAGCGCUCGGAACAUUGCUAUCACGAUUUGCGCAUACCUUUGAUCUAGGGUCCGUUGGUGACGAUGCCAGUGAACUCAACAUGCCGUACGUCGACACUACGAUCCGACAGCAGCAACAACAACCACAGAAUUUCAGAAUUGCUGGUGAAUCGCGAUUGGAUCCACCCGCUCGUCCAGCCUAUGUAGACAACCAACCUUGGGACCAUGACAGAACGCCGACCAUUGAAGACUCAUUUCCAGGCAAUUAUUCACGGCGGGGUGAUUUUUCCGGUGAUUUGAUGCCGGGUGGUAUUACUGGGCCAAACUUUGGGCGCAUUGAUCCCAGUCAAGGGGGGUCUCUAAUGGGACCAAACCAUCCUGUCUUUAACGGUGGGAUCGGCGGUGUUGGGCCUAACUCGGGCUUUGGCAUGCGACCGCGCUUCGAUCCGUUUGGUCCUCCGGGAGGUCCCACCGAUCCGGAACAAGGUGUACCCGACGGACAACAGCGCAGACGUCCAGGUGGCUCCGGCAAUCCCAAUCCAGAUCAUUUGCGACCGCCCAACAAUUUGAACAACAACAUGUUUAUGUAA